AUGGCUCGCGUAAAUGUUGUUCUUACACAACCUGGUAAGAGUGUUUGGCAUUUUGAACACCCAUGGUCACAUUCACUUUAUUCUUGUUGUACGGAUAUGAAAGAAUGUUGUUAUGCAUUCUUUUGCCCAUGUUGUUUCGAAUGUGAAAUAUUUAAACGUGCAGGUGAAGAGAUGUGGACAUGUAUGUGUCCUGGUGCAAGAUACGCACUUCGAUCAAAGAUUCGUACAGCAUUCCGCAUAGAGGGUAAUCUGGUUCAUGAUUGUUGCGCUACAACAUUUUGUGGAUGUUGUGCGUCUAUUCAAAUCAAACGUGAAUUGCAUCAUCAAGGUCUUUAA